AUAUCUAGAAUGGAAAACCAAGACUUUAUUUUCCUUAUCUCAAAUCAUGCUGAUUUAACAUGGAUGAGCCUCUUCUCUCAAGAACAACAGCAGAAGAGUCCAGCAGGCGACCAGGAAGAGAACUCUCCUCUAGUUACCUUGAUCUUGGCCAGUCCCUACGUCAAUCGACAUCACACCUUGUCACUAAUGAUGUGAUUAUCCCCAUCAUCACAACACCAAACACUUCUUCAUAUGUAAAUCUCAUUGCCAGUUUGAACAAAAAGAAAACAAGACUCCCUUACCGAUCUCAUUCGGCUCCAUCGUUGUUUACAGAUGCCAGGGAGACUUUUGCAGAUUCUUUAGACCCCAGACCUGGCUCGAAAUCAACUCCUUUGAUUGUUCGGCAGGCUUUUGUUGGCGUAUUCUUGUAUGUAGUGGUUGUUGUGUUGAUUUUCCUCGUCAGUGGCCGCUUCAGGGGCACCGCAACAUUCAAGCCAGUAGAUGCCUUGUACUUCACAGUGGUUACACUUUGCACCAUUGGCUACGGUGAUAUCGUUCCAGAUACAACUUUUACCAAGUUGUUUACUUGUGGUUUUAUCUUGGUUGGUUUUGGUUUCAUCGAUAUUUUGUUAAAUGGAUUGGUCACGUAUAUUUGCGAUAAGCAAGAAGCCGUUCUGUUAAGCACCAUGGAUGGGAGCACGCCCACCACCAUGGUUCAAGGUUAUAUGAUAGACAAAGCUAAAGGAAGAAUGAGAAUCAGAACGAAAGUGGUCUUGGCUUCGGCAGUGGUCAUUGUUUGCAUUGCGGUAGGAACUAUUACAGUGCACUACCUGGAGAAGUUGGAUUGGGUUGAUAGUUUUUAUCUGGCUGUUACAUCCGUGACAACCGUAGGCUAUGGGGAUUACGCUUUCACAACCAUAACUGGAAGAUGUUUCGCCAUUAUUUGGCUGUUAGUUAGCACACUGGCAGUUGCCAGGGCUUUUUUGUACCUGGCUGAGCUAAGGAUUGACAAGAGGAAUCGCAGGAUUGCAAAAUGGGUUCUUCAGAAAAAGAUGACACUGGGCGAUCUAGUAGCUGCAGACCUCGAUAAUGAUGGAUCCAUCAGGAUUUUCUUUAUCGCAGUUGCGGGCAACCAAGAUAGAAGUUAAGAGUAGCUAUCAGCCUAUCAUUGUAAGCUAAAGGAAAAGAGUGUGUUCGGUUCCAAAUCAAUGGAGCUUCAAAUUCAAUACUGAUAAACAGAUACAGAUGAAACAACUUGGUGCAGUGGCCAUGCUUGACCAGAAAAUUUGUUCAGUUCAACAACCGAAAUCAAAAUUAUGUGUGAAUUCUAACAUAAAAUGGAUAAACAAUUCUCUGAAUGUACAGAAUGCUUCCCAAGACUUCGAAUGAUGAGAACAGUACUCAAAAGCACAACCUCCCUGCUUCUGCGAAAAAACUUUGUAGAUGAUGCAACCAGUUAAUUGAGCAGAUCUCUCUCAGUUUUUGGUAUUUGUCAAUCAGAUUAUGCAGCAUGUUUAAGUUUCAAUGCAAUCAUUCCAAAUUGCUCAAACUUUAUGAGCUUAAUAUGUGUUGUUGGUUGCAGCAAAUCUGAAUUUGUAAUAUACAAGCUUAAGGAGAUGGGGAAAAUAGCAGAGAAAGACAUCCAGCAGAUCUGCAACCAAUUUGAUUCAUUAGAUAGUACCAACUGUGGCAAAAUCACUCUUGCCGAUCUCAUGUAAAGUGACGAUAGUUAAACAGGUUUUGCUAUUGGAACAGGCCAACCAGAUUUUGCCUCGCUGAUAA